CCCUCUCUCAGUCCGCGACACACCGGGAGGACCGUGCGCUGCGCUACACCUCCGCGUCAGUGGACUCUAUGUUGGAUACAAAGCCCGGCCACAGCGCACGUCCAUGGGGAGACUUUAGUGGGACCUGCAGCCCCCGCGACCUCUUACAUGAAAGCAGAGUGGCAGUGAAGGACCUCGGAGAGAUCGAGCGCUGUGCCCUCGUCCGACGAGCGCGUUGUUCAUGCGUCUCCCUGCGCGCCACCACCACAUCACCAUGAACUGUGAGCAGGACUUGGCAGACGGGGGCUUGGGAGUGACCCUCACACUACGGCUGCUCAUGCAUGGAAAGGAGGUUGGCAGCAUCAUAGGAAAGAAAGGGGAGACGGUGAAACGAAUACGGGAGGAGAGCAGCGCACGGGUCAACAUCUCAGAGGGCUCCUGUCCGGAGAGGAUCAUCACCAUCACCGGCUCCACGGACUGCGUCUUCAGAGCUUUCACCAUGAUCACGUACAAGCUGGAGGAGGACCUGACCGCGCUGGUGGCCAACGGCACCAUCAGCUCCAAGCCGCCGGUCACCCUGCGGCUGGUCAUCCCUGCCAGCCAGUGUGGCUCCCUCAUCGGGAAGGGAGGGGCCAAGAUAAAGGAGAUCAGAGAGAGCACCGGAGCUCAGAUACAGGUGGCGGGGGAUUUGCUGCCCAACUCCACCGAGCGAGGGGUGACGAUAUCUGGGAAUCAGGAGUCAGUAAUCCAGUGCGUCAGGCUCAUCUGCACGGUGAUCUUGGAGUCCCCCCCGAAGGGCGCCACCAUCCCCUACCGCCCGAGCCCCUCCCCGGCCCUCCUCAUCGCAGGCAACCAGGUGUACGAGGCAUCCGAAUUUGCACCCCACCCGCUGUACUCCGUCACCCAGGGAGGCCUGGACCUCCAGCAGGCCUACGCUCUGCAAAACCAAUACGGCAUUCCACACUCAGAGAUGGCCAAGCUGCAUCAGCUGUCGAUGCAGCAGGGCCUGAGCCCCAUGGCCCAGCAGCAGGCCUCGGCCAUCAUACCCGGGAUGGACUCCAACACUCCGGCAUCUCAGGAGCUGCUUAUUCCCAAUGAUCUGAUCGGUUCGAUCAUCGGCCGCCAGGGCACCAAGAUCAACGAGAUCCGGCAGGUGUCCGGAGCUCAGAUCAAGAUCGGCAGCCAGCUGGACGGCACGAGCGACCGUCACGUCACCAUCACGGGGACGCCGGUCAGCAUCAACCUGGCGCAGUACCUCAUUACCUCCUGUUUAGAGACCGCCAAAUCCACGGCCCAGGCCGCCGCCACCAUGGCGGCUCCGGUCGACCUCAACAUGGCCUUCGCCCAGCAGUCCUCCCCGGCCGCCUCCCCCGCACCCACCCUGGCCACCAUGGGCGCCCUGAGCCAGGCCCACAUGCUGGGCAACCCGUACGGCGCCAUGCCCCUCUCGGGCCUGCUGGGGGUGAAGUCCGUCCCCUUUCUGACUCUGUCCGGCGCCGGCGUGGCCGUCACGGCGGCGCCGUCCCACACCAGCCUGGCCGCCUACACCGCCAAAAUCUCCUCAGCCAACUGCAUCAAGAAGCCAGAGAGGCAGAAGUUUGCUCCGUACUGACGGGCCGCGGGCGGGUGGGUGCGGGGGACGGGACGGGGGGGGGGCGUGAGGGUCGGAUGAUGACGGACAGCUGCGUAGGUAUAAAAAAAAACAACAACCAGUAGCCAUAUUCUUGACUUUUUAUUCCACGACGAACCAACAGAGAAGAGACCAAUGGAGACGUGGACAAAGCUGUUAAAACCUUAUUUACGGUUCUGGAUCAUUUGUUCCCCAUGAAUUGAUGGACCGCUUUCAACGUCACCUCAUCACUGUUAUUGAUCACGAAAAACAAGAGAAAAAAAAAUGGAAAAAGUUGUGGCUGGAGCCUCACCUGAGGAGCACACGUUUAAAUCACAGAGUUCACGUGUGCAUCUCGAGUUAUGGAUCGGCUCUAAGUAUUUAUCCUUCAAUAAAUUUGUAAAUUAUACUCAGAUGACGAAUACUCGACUGUAUGAUGCUUUUAUACAAUGUCUAUGUUUGCCUCUUGGAAGUUUUUAAGAACAUUUUUAAACGUCUCGGGGAGAGGAGGGGGUUUGUUUUUGUAAUAAUCCGUGCUCUGGUUCUGUGCUUUACUGUUCAGUGUUAUGUUGGAUUUCAUUUUGAAUGUGCAACUUGUUUAAUCUUUAUUUAUUAGAAUUGUUUCCUCCAUUAAAAAUAUUUGUUUCCUGAU